AUGAGAUUUUUUUCUGUUUCAUUUUUGCUAUGGUUUUUCUUAAGCCUACAUAUGACUUAUGGAGAUGACCAAUCCAAAUCAACGUCUUCUAGCUCUACUAAUGCUAGAGUAAAACUAACGUUGGAUCUAAUCACGUUAGACGAUGGAGCUGCAACUACUACUUCCACAACGAUGACUAAAACCCCAGUUCCAAUGAGUCGCGAGACAGAAGAUUCAUAUGAUAGAGAAUUGGUUAAGGUUCUUUUUACAAUUGCAGAAAAUGGAAUUUACUAUGAUGCCAAUAUGAAUGUGGGAGAUGAAGAAUUAGGUCUUCGAUUAGAUUUAAUACAACCGGAUGUAUGGGUGAUGAAUACCAACGAUUUCUAUGAAUGCAGCUACAUAGACGAGUGGAUUGCAUCUGAAGUUUCAGAAUUCGGAUCUUCUUUGCCUGUGCUGGUAACGGAUGCACCAGAGUAUGUUGCAACUGCUUGCGCUCAACAAGGUGUUUAUACUAUGGCAUCUGAUGAUUCGGUUUCUAUGGCAAGCCCAACAAAGCCAAAUAUCUAUAAUAACCAGCCUUACUCGAUACCUUACUUGAAUAGUAUUAAUGUUAAUGGAGUUUUUGCUACUAAUAACAUCUCGUUUAUUAUUGGAGGCAACAAGAAGAUUUCUAUAAGGGAUUUUACAUUUGUAAAUGCAGUGGAUUCCAAUGUAUUUGUUGGUGGGUUGGGCUUAGCUGGUAACCCUACUGGUUCAGGCUUUUUAGAUUCAUUAGUUGCAAACGAUGUUAUUGGCUCAGUUGGCUACUCGCUUUGGUUCAAUAAUUAUUCUAAUCCAAAGAAUGCGAUGGCUGAAUUAAUUCCCGGUGUGGUUGACACUAAAUACUAUUCUGGAGACUUUUUUGAGUUUGAUAUCCCCGAUCAUGAAGGUUCGCAAUCUUCAGCGGAAGACAUGGGGAUAGACAAUUUGAGAUUGCCAAUCUUACCGCUUUUUGACGUAGAAGUUGAAAAUCAAAAUACUCAUAGAACUCUUUCACUUAAAUCUGAUGCACAAAAUUUCCCGGUUUUAUUAGAUUCUAGGACAGUAUUUAAUUACUUGCCUUUAUACAUGAUUGUUAAUUUAGCAAUACAAACAAAUGCAUCCUAUAGCAGUGAAGUUAAUAGAUGGGUGGUGCAGUGUGACCAGAUUUCAAAUUUAAAUGCUACUAUGAACUUUAAAUUCGGUGACUUAAGUGUUAAAGUUCCAUUGGAUGACUUCUUGAUUUCUGCAAGCUACAAUAACCGGAAUUUAACGUUUACUACAGGAAAAAAAGCUUGUUAUCUAAGCUUUUUACCGAGUUCAGCAUCUGGUUAUACUGCAUUGGGAUUACCUUUUUUAAGGGCCAUAUAUUUAGCUGUCGAUUACGAAGGGGGAAAAAUCGCGGUGGCUAAGUCAAAUCAUAAUCUUGAUGUGGUCGAAAAGGAUUAUUCUAAUACCAAAGAAACGGAACAGUAUUCAACAUCUUUAGCUGAUUUAGAAUCUGAAACGGGCGGAUACUCGAGUAAUCAUACAGUUCAUAAAUCAAUCGCAUAUAUUCAAUCGGGAAAGAUCCCCUUUGCAACUAGAUAUAAUAGUACAGAAAAUUUUACGCUAACAUAUGUUCCUCUGAAUUUCACGAAAUUUGGGGAUCCAUCAAUACCUGCAGUUUUAUCUGGAAUCAUAAUUAAAUCGGGUAAUGUUUUCGUCACUGAAUCUGAUGGAUUUAGUUCAACGGAGAGCCAAAGCACCAGUAAAAAGAAUUCUGGAAAUAGGGUUGAACCACCUGUCAUUUUUGAUAAACACUUAUCCAAGAAAUUAAUAUCCUUGAGUGUGGGAAUUUCUACCUGUAUCAUUUGUAUUAUAUUUUUAUGA